CAGUCAGCUGAUGACGAUGCUGCCAGUGUGACGUAUAAUCUAGUGGACGGGACACUUCAACAACAACAGCGAGUCAGUCACUUCAGUAGCUUGCUAGGCGACAUGGCCUAAACAUUCAAGCUUUUUAGACUGUUUCAGUGCAUAUUUGCCUAUGUGUUUUAGACAUACUUCUGUUUUAUAGCGAGUUGCCCCAUUUAUUUUCAUAUUUACGUUGUUAGUCAGGCAGACGUCUUAAAUUUGCCUAGCGCUAGGCUAGUCGCUAAUGCUAACUAGCUAGCUAACAUCUCCGACCAUGAGCUCCCUAAACUUCUCCCCUCCAGUUAAAGAAGAGGUGAUCUGCUGGACGGAGAAAGAAGCUCUGGGGCUGAACAUUGUCGUGAAAGAGGAGGAGGAAGAAGAGGAUGUCACAGUAAAACAAGAAGUAGAGGGUGAGGCUAUUACAGUGAAAGAAGAAGAGAAAGACGUUUCAGUGAAAGAAGAGGAAGACGCGUUCAGAGUGAAAGAGGAGGAGGAUGUUACAGUAAAAGAAGAGGAGAAGGAUGUGAAAGAGGAGGACGCAGUUUUGGGAGUGAAGAAGGAGAAAGAGGGAGAGAUAACGGUCAUAUUGACAGAGGAGUCAGGAGAUCUGAUUACCACCAGAGAGAGACCAGACUCUGACAGCGGGAAGAGUUCCUCAGAGGAAACAGACCCAGAGACGCCUAACCAACACCACUGCUCCCACUGUGGAAAGAGUUUUAGGUGGUCAGGGAGUCUGAAAACGCAUGAGAGAAAACACACAGGAGAAAAGCCGUAUCACUGUUCUCACUGUGGAAAGAGUUUUAAGUUGUCAGGGAGUCUGAAAACGCAUGAGAGAAAACACACAGGAGAAAAGCCUUAUCACUGUUCUUACUGUGGAAAGAGUUUUAGGUGGUUAUGGGUCCUGAAAACGCAUGAGAGAAUACACACAGGAGAAACGCCGUAUCACUGUUCUCACUGUGGAAAGAGUUUUAGGUGGUCAAGGAGUCUGAAAACGCAUGAGAGAAUACACAAAGGAGAAGAACCUUAUCACUGUUCUCACUGUGGAAAGAGUUUUAGAUGGUCAGGGAGUCUGAAAACGCAUGAGAGAAUACACACAGGAGAAAAGCCUUAUCACUGUUCUCACUGUGGAAAGAGUUUUAGGUGGUCAGGGACUCUGAAAAAGCAUGAGAGAAUACACACAGGAGAAAUGCCCUACCACUGUUCCCAGUGUGGAAAGAGUUUUAGGUGGUCAGGGACUCUGAAAAAGCAUGAGAGAACACACACAGGAGAAAAGCCUUUCCAACAUACUAAUACACAGGAGGAGACAACAUACCACUGCUCUCAUUGUGAAAAGACAUUUUCCCAGUCAGAGGACCUGAAAACACAUGAGAGAAUAGAGAGGCUGUGUUCUGACUUAUGUUUCUGACUGAGAAUUUGUCCACGGCCAGGAUUCACAGGACCAGGGUGUCCGCUAUGGACACCUGGAAGAAAUCAGCAGCGGACAUUUCUGAAGGUUUAUCCAACAGACCUGUACAUCCAUGAAUGGAUCUCUAUAAUGUGUAACUAUUUCUGAUGUAUUGUGAUGUAUUGUUUAAUAGAUGUACUAUGUUAGGUAUAUUUAUCUGUGGUUUUAUUUCAACAGAUUUGACUGAUGCUAUUAGAUUGUACUAUGUUAGGUAUAUUUAUCUGUGGUUUUAUUUCAACAGAUUUUACUGAUGCAAUUAGAUUGCUGGGUGGGGGGAGUUUUAUAAAUACAGAGACUUCAGAAAGUAUUCACACCCCUUGACUGGUCCCACAUGUUGUUGUGUUACAUCCUGAAUUUAAAAUGUAUUUUUAUUUCACCUUUAUUUAACCAGGUAGACUAGUUGAGAACAAGUUCUCAUUUACAAUGACACAUACAACAACACAGAGUUACACAUGGAAUAAACAAAAAUACAAUCAUUUAUACAGUAGAAAAAUCUAUUUACAGCAUGUGCAAAUAAGGUAGGAUAAGAGAGGUUAGGCAAUAAAUAGACCAUGGUGGCGAAGUAAUUACAAUAUAGCAAUUAAACACUGGAAUGGUAGGGAAUGUGAAUGUGAAUAGCAGAAGAUGAAUGUGCAAGUAGAGAUACUGGGGUUAAAUGGAUUCAAUACCCCAUAAUGUCAAAGUGGAAUUAUGUUUUUGGAAAUGUUUACAAAUUUAAUUAAAAGCCUAAAUAAGU